GGUAAUGGAGAAGGACAUAUGGUUUAGAAGCUCUUAGGUGAAGGCAAAGGGGUAUCAAGAAGUGGCAUCUGAAAAAUCCAGGGAACUGAGUGGAGGGAGAGCAACUUUUCAUAACAAAGACUGAAGCUGCCACAGGGGCUGUUCCUCCCCUCCCCCGAGAAGGCACCAAGACCUGCAGAAGGACUGGUAGACUGGGCUCAUCUGUCCCUUCAGAGGAGCCCGUGUCCCUGGGACUUUGGUAGGAACUAUCUGUGACUCCGCCCGCUCACCUGGCCGCCGCUGCCCAGAGCUGCAGGAGCCGGAGAAGAUGAAGGCGUCCGCGGUUCUCUCCCUCCUUGGCUACCUGGUGGUCCCUAGUGGCGCUGCUAUCUUGGGACGCUGUGUGGUGGCUAAGAGGCUCCACGACGGAGGCCUGAGUGGUUUUGAGGGCUACAACCUUGAAAACUGGGUGUGCCUGGCUUAUUUUGAGAGCAAGUUCAACCCCGUGGCUGUCUAUGAGAACAUUCAUGGGUUGUACACGGGCUACGGACUCUUUCAGAUUCGCAACCCCGACUGGUGCGACAGGGGGAGGAACCGCUGCCACGUGACCUGCUCGGCUUUACUGAAUCCAAAUUUAAAUAAGACCAUCGAGUGUGCCAAGAAAAUUGUAAAAGGAAAGCAAGGAAUGGGAGCAUGGCCCUCCUGGACCCUGAACUGCCAGUACUCCGACACUCUGGCGCGGUGGUUGGACGGAUGCAAGUUGUAGCUGCCGAGGCCGCCCUCGCCACACUCCCGGCUGAAUGUUCUGAAUGGAGACGCCUUCCUGUGUGCGGCCUUCACUCAAUCCCGCUUGACAGCUCCGGUGGAAAAGGACAAGAGUUUGCUGCAUUCAGGGAUGCAGGAUGCAGAAUAAACCAGCCACUUCCUCAACCUGGGCCAAAGGU